AUGGUUUUACUGCUUGACGAGGAAGAGCUUUUGGCUCAUGUGCGCAGGCUCUGCGGCUGCUUCUCCACCGUAGCUUGCACAACUUUUGGAGAAGAGAUGACUAAUACUAACCUGAUUCGAAUCAACAAUUGGUACGGAGCAGUUAGCAGAACCAUUGGGGUAGCGGUUCGAGUGCCAGUAAUGGAAUCAACGAGCCUUCAUCACGUGUUACUAGUGCAUGCGAGGCGAAUAACCGCGCUGAAACAAGAGAUUACGGGACUCGAACAUGAGAUUGCUCACCUCCAAAGUCUCGUUGACGAUAAGGAAGAAGUCAUUGACUCUCUGCUAGAGUGGAUAAUCAAAUCUCGACAAGACCGGCUUUCCAAGCGCGCAUCUACUCUGAGAGAUGAAGUGCUGCCCAGUAAAAUAAGCUGCUGUCCAUAUCACUCUCGACGCAUUGAUCAAUCGUCUUCAUCAGAGGAGGCUCCUUCAUCUAAGCGUUUACGCCUUUCGGAUUAUUUCAAACCUCCAACAACGACAGCCGAAUCGUCUAGAAGAGCUACCAAUGAGGAAGAGGUCGAGUUUCGUCAAUCAAGGGUUACUACCAAUAGCAACGACAGACCUUGAUUGAAGCGUUUUUGACGGGAGUACAGAACAAUCAUUCAUCUUGUCUGCAUCUUCAAAGAAUCUGCAUAUCAUUAUAAACUGUUAUCUAACUUUCUGUACCCUUGAAAUUGCAUGUACCAUUUGUUAUCUUGUACUGAACACUGCAAGGAUAUUCCUUCAUACUUCUUUGUGUUCUCAUUAUUUUGGUAACAUUUAUCUUAAAGUGAGAAAUGCAUACUUUUUUCUUUGCCCUGUCGCAUGUAAUCUCAUUUUUAUUUGAUCAGAUUACUGCAAUUGAUAUCCCAUGCUUGAUCAUGUGAAUACAUAAACGAAAUCUACAUAAUCGGUCGAAACUUUAAAAUUUCUUUAGGUAUAUUUUAGCAGACCUGUACCAGACACAGACUCGUCAAACACCAAUAAAUUCUCAAAUUUUGA